AAUAACGAUUGCAUAUGUGCUCAAUUAAAAAUGUCUCAAGAUCAUACAGUGUCAGCGAAAAUUCCGGCGAACACCAAAGCAAAACAAAUCAAAAUUCGACUGACAGUCACGAAGCGGUAGCAACGAAAAACUAAAAUAGCGUCUACGAUUUCACCCAGUCAGCGUAUAUAACAUACAGCGCGUCUCAAAUGCACAGCCAAAGCUCAAUUGGAAAGACACAAAGGCAGUGCACACAAAAUGAUACGGGUUAAACACAAUAUCAUCAGUCUCUACGCCAGCUCCAUUUUGUUGGUUGGAGCGUUACUGGCCACUCAGAUGUCCAUUUCCGCUGGUGUACCAACCACUGCCUCGACUACUGCAUCUACUGUACAAACAACAACAUCCCGCUAUGACAACCCGCUGGUUGAGCAUAAGAACGAGAGAAACUGUAAGGCGCUCUGCGAGCAUUGCGGCUGUCUUGGAUUCUAUUGCGGAGAAGAGUGCAUUUGCGAGUGCAACAACGAGAACUCGGACACGGAAUGCAUCCAUACUAUGCAGGUGAAUGCGCGCACCUUGAACACGCCAUUUGAGAUCCUAAUACAAGGACCGAGUGACAAUCGAUUUGUGCGAAAUGCCAAAGAGUUCGAGCAGAAGCGCGAACUGGUGGCCAGAAGUACUGGGGACACUAAAAGUGCACGCAAUCGACGUUCCACAAUUACUAUCUACAAGCCAUCAAGGUCAGGAGCUAAGAGGCCAGCUUUAUCGUUAAACGCAGUGGAAACACCAUCCACAAAAGAAGAUAAAUUGAAUCUGGCACGGCACAAACGUUCCGUGGAACAUUUGGAAUGGUUUAACGAUUUUGCCAGCUCACUGGUGCGCCCUUCGCCAUUAGGCUCGAUGGCUCAGAAGCAGCGCGACGCAAAAGAAGUUUCACUUAAACGCCAAGCCGCUGCAGCAGAACCACUGUCAAUGGUGCAUCGGGAACCAUGGUUUAUGGAACAAAAAGCUCCGCUUCUUAAUCGUCCUGCGCCCCUUUACAAGCGACAUCAUCAAACCGGCGACAGUCAAAGCAUUAGAAAAUCGAAGAAAAAUUUCUCAACCAAUAUCCGACCUGAUUCUAUUGAAGAGUCCGAAACGGAAGCUCCAAAACCUAAGGCAGAGAUACGUCCAUUUCGAGAUGCUCUACAGGUAGUAGAACGUAUUCCUCGUGUGCUACAGGACACGGUUAGCCAUUUAGCCGCCGAUGAUAACAGUGGCGAUGUCUUCAGUCUCAACAUUAUGAAUGAUGUGCUGCCCAAGAAAAUUUCUCGAAAGGAUCAAAUGAAGGGUUACCGAAGAUUCAGACACUAUACUCGAGAUAGAAAUGUCGAGCCAAAGCCCACAGCCGCUACUAGAGCACCUGUUGUUGUACCCCCAGCACCCCUGGCACCAUUAGCACCACUCGCACCACGUGGACUUCUCUUGCCCUGGCUGCGUCAGCGACGCAUGAGGCGCUUCCGCGGAGAGCAAUAGAUGUUAAUUUUGGGUAAUCCUAUUUAUCUAUGUUUUAUAUUUUUAAGACUUCCUAAAUGGCUGUGUAAGUAUGUUUCUUUUGGCCUUAGCUUAGAAGCUAGCAGUUGCUCUAGUAAUUUUUCGCAGACGACUAAUUCCAAUUUCCGCUAUCUUCGAUU